ACUUCCUGCUGUCGGUAUUUAUUCAUUUUCAAUUCUUUUUUGGUGUAGGGAUGAUUUGGCACGUCACUGCCAUGUUUGUAUGAUUUCGUCUAAUGUAUCCCGCACGGUCUGUGUAUCCUGCGGACCAAACGUUACGACCUUGGCGUCAUGUUCGGCUCAAAGGAGGAGUAACCCCCGUGGACACUACUGAGAAAACACCGCUCGGGUUUAAUCAACCACCGCGGCUGGACUCAUUUUAAUGUGGACUCAUAUUGUCGUGUAUCUUAAAACAGCAGCAGCAGCAGCAGCAGCAGCAGCGCGGGACUCUGCCUGGAGGAAAGGUGGAUGAGAGGUUAUGUGUGGCACCCAGCUAAAGGCCUCUGUCGCCCUGACCUGUGCAUCCCACCAGUCCCUCUGUGAGCAUGUAUCGCAGGAAUGGGCUCUCGGAUGGCACCAGCAUCAACUCAGUCACCUCAGAGGCCAGCAGCAGCUCAGAUUCUCUGGAUGGACCUUGUGUGGACUACGCCAAGAGCUAUGAUGCCGUCGUAUUCGAUGUGCUGAAGGUGACGCCCGAGGAAUUUGCUAGCCAAAUCACCCUGAUGGAUGCACCAGUAUUUAAAGCAAUCCAGCCAGAGGAGCUGGCCAGCUGUGGAUGGAAUGGGAAAGAGAAACACAGUUUGGCUCCCAAUGUGGUUGCAUUCACACGCAGGUUCAACCAGGUAAGCUUUUGGCUGGUGAGAGAAAUCUUAACUGCCCAGACGCUGAAAAUCCGAGCAGAAAUACUGAGCCAUUUUGUCAAAAUAGCAAAGAAACUGUUGGAGUUGAACAACCUUCAUUCUCUGGUGUCCGUUGUGUCUGCUCUGCAGAGCGCUCCCAUCUUCAGACUCAGCAAAACCUGGGCGUUGAUCAGUAGGAAAGACAAGGCCACAUUUGAGAAGCUAAACUAUCUGACAUCCAAGGAAGAGAACUACACCCGCAUGAGAGAAUACAUCCGCUCCCUGAAGAUGGUGCCCUGUAUUCCUUAUCUUGGGAUCUACCUGUUGGACAUGAUCUACAUCGACUCAGCCUAUCCUGCAUCAGAUAGUAUCAUAGAGACAGAGCAGAGGACCAAUCAGAUGAACAACCUUCUGAGGGUCAUCUCUGACCUGCAGAUGUCAUGUAACUAUGAUUAUCUUGUGACCCUCCCACACGUGCAGAAGUAUCUGUUGUCAGUUCGCUACAUAGAGGAACUCCAGAAGUUUGUAGAGGACGACAACUUCAAGCUGUCUUUGAAGAUUGAGCCUGGCAACAGUUCUCCUCGCAUCGCUUCUUCUAAAGAAGACCUGGCAGGUCUGUCUGAGGUAUCUGCAUCUCUGAGGUAUAACCGACGGCCUACCUGCCCUGAUGCCUCUGUGGGGGUUCACAUCCCCACCCCUCCGCCUUCUCACCACAGGAAGAGCCAUAGUCUGGGAAACAAUAUGAUGUGUCAGUACGGCAUGUCAGAGAGCAGGAGUGCCACGUUUCCCAUAGAGAAAGCACGACAUCUGCUGGAUGACAGCUUCUUAGAGUCUCAGAGUCCAGUCAGAAAUGAUCCACACAGUACAUCAGUGUCCAAUGGCCUGUCAUUAGGCAGCAGUGAAAGCUCGUUUGGGGAGGAGCUGUCACCUGUAAUGGAGAGGGGCCGCAUGUACGCAACACUGGGCCCCAACUGGAGGGUCCCGCUUCGCAACUCCCCCCGGAGCCGCAGCUAUGUUUACAGCUCCUCUGCUGCCACCUCCUGCUAUGGAUGCAGCGAGGCUGGCAGUGUGACCAUUGAAGGACCCCUUCGAAGGAAAACACAGCUGAAGGAGGGACGGAAGCCCAAGUUGUCAUCAUGGACCAGAUUUUGGAUCACUCUGUCUGGAUCAACACUUACAUUCUAUGGGGCGAAAGCACUGAGGGCCUCUGAGAGGAAACAUUAUAAGUCCAGCCCCUGUAAGAAGGUGUGUGUGACUGGGUGGAUGGUGGUGCUGCCAGAUGACCCAGCCAGACCCAACAUCUUCCAACUCAAUGACCCAGACAAAGGCAAUGUUUACAAGUUCCAGACAGGAUCCAGGUUUUCAGCGAUCAUCUGGCACAAAAACCUGGAAGAGGCUUGUAGGAGCAGUAGACCUCAGAUACCAGCAAACCUCAUGUCAUUUGAAUGAGAGCAGACCUUUCCCAGCAGGACAUUAUUGUGCCAAACCCAUUUGUUUGGGAAGUAUAGACUAAAUGAUGGAACACAUUGGAUGGAAAAUGAUGGUCUCUAUUGAAAUGGGAGAAUGAUCAAGCAUCUGAAACUGUAGAUGAAGCACUUUGAUACCAGAUGUGUGACUGCAAAUGCCAUUCCACCUACUAUCUUCUUCACAAGGACCAUGUGUAAUUUAAACUCUGGAAAAAUCCAGGCAGUGGAAGAUGGUGAGGCUGUCCCGUAUUUCUUUCUCUAAGCUUCCUUGUUCACUAUCGUUUGUUAUCGCUGCUAUAAACAGGUGAGCGAGCACAUAGUUUUUUUGGCCCAUGUUGGGUUUCUGCUUGGGUGAAAAGAUGCAUCAGUGCACAAUUGUGGACGACAGUGUUAGUUGACUGACGAGGACAUUUUCAGUUUGCAGAGCAGUGUUAUACAGCCUUCAAAUGGAGCUUGGGUUUUGACAACUUGGAAAAAAACAACCCUUUUGUUGAAGUUGUUAAAUUUGUGAAACUGCUGUUGCAAGGCAACUAAGAGGAAUUGGAUGCCUGCAUGUUCUGUUGUCAAGAAGAAUGAAAGAUUUGGAUUUUUUUCUGCAUUUCAACAUCAUACCAAGGGGGAUGAAUAGGAAACAUCAAUACACAUCCCAACUCAUGAUGUUGGAUCUAUCCACAUGAAGAUCACCACCCUGUUUGAGGCCUCGUUAUACCACAAAAUAUCAGCACUGCAACAGAAAGGACAGACAAUAAAUCUUCAUCACUUUCAGCCCUGUGACACACAGCUGGACUGAGAUUGUUCUAAAAUGUAAGAACGCCUAGUUGUUCAAAAAACAAUAAGGAACCAUGAAGUUUGCUUUAGGAGCCUGCGUUGAAUUGUUGUUCAAAUGAAGAAGCAGCCCAGGAUCAGUUCACCUGUUCACCCCUGCUACCUCAAUUGGUAGUCCUCCUGUAAAAAUGUGUUUGCUGAUGUACAUAACAAGGUUUACAAAUAGCAACAAUUAAUAUUUUCUACAGACCAAAUCAAAAUUUGUCAAACACCGUGGAAACAAUACCGAACAAGGUGAUAAUUACAAUCAUUAAUGCAGAAAACAGCCAGUUCUUGUCUAAGCCAGUAUGCCGAGGCAGCUGGUCAAGUUCAUCUAAAGCAAUUCACAAUGAAGUACCUAGCUUUCAACAAUCACGUGUGUAUAAAUAUUGUAUUUAUUUGUAAAAGAGUUUAUUUUUUUGACUAUUGGCCAUCAAAGGGAAAUGGUACGAUGGAUUAUCUUUGAUUCACCACCUGCUGCAGGAUGCUGCUCCUCUGAGAGACUGCUGGUGGGAAGCCACCCUAAAACUGAUCUCCAACUGAAGGACACUGGGAUAAGGGAGGACUCCAUCAGCAUUGGUACUGUAAAAUAAUCUGCUUCAAAAGCAAAAUGUUAUGCUGUAAUUAAGGACAAUUGCGGUUCAUUAGUAGUUGCAUAUUUUUCUGUAGGUUUGGCCAUCAGUCCUAUCAGUAAUAAUAACAUUGUACUUACCAAGUCAAUUGCUGAGAUCUUGGAACACAGCAAGUGAUUAAGUUUGGACUCGUUGGGGUCUUGUUCAUGAGCGAAGGAGGAAGAGGUGGAACAUAAGACUGCCAGGCAGAUUGGUGCUGCAUCAAACUGCCGUGUUGAAGAAUUGAACAAUCUAUGUCCCAAUCCUCACCUAUGGUCAUGAGUUUGGGUUAUGACCAAAUGAAUGAGAUCACAUAAACGGCCAAAAUGAGUUUCCUUUGCAGGGUAGCUGGGCUCACCCUUAGUGAUAGAAAGAAGGCAUUGCUAUGCCGACGGAAGUGCUUUUCAGAUAGUUGAACAGCAUCUGAAACUUUUCCCCACACCUUUCUGAUGUUGGAAUUGGGGGCCUGGUCCAACAAUUUUAGUAACUUUAUGAAAUUGACAGUCUGAGGAGCAAAACCCUGUAGGCACUGGAUUGGCUGUAGAGGUUAGAAAGUAGGCAGAAUAUAAACUUCUCUGGCUAACUUUUUUCGUUCUUCACACAACUUCUCACACUUUUUGUAUGUACAAUUGAGUGGGGCACUAUGAAUGCCUCUAAGGAAUGAUUGUUCAAAGUGUGCGCCAUUUGUACAAUUUACCUCACCCUUCUCUAGACUUUCUACCCCAUUAGGAACAGCCAUAAACACUUUUGCCAGACUCAUCUUAUUACACUGCCUCUGUUUUUUGGGCACAUCCAACUGUGAGAAAGCCCAGGGCAGACCCAAAACACAUUGGAUUACAUAUCCCAUCUUGUUGAUUGCUUUCCAAUCCCACAGGAAGAGUUGUAGGACGUGAUUAGAGUGAAGGACGUAUGGGCUAUUGUGUUUUCGCCAGCUGCCAGGGGAACCUGGACACGGAUAAACAGCAGAAAGGAUGGAUGGAUAGAUGGAUGGAUGGCAACAUGAGUAAAAAGAAGUGUGAUGGGUCAACGAAUGUGAGAUGAUCACAUAGGUUUGAAACAAACCCUCAGGUUAGCCAAACCUAGUGGUAAGAGAAAACAAAGGUGAACAGUAAAGUCCAUGUUAUCCAUGUCUAUUGUGAUCAUCCAUCACAGUUUAUUGACCAACUUCCUGCUUCAACCUUCACCUACCGUACUUGCUAUAGUUGUGUGCAGACAGUGUUCCUGUGCAAUAAGGGAUUAUUAGUGACAUUUCAGGUGUUCUCACUCUAAGUUUGACCUCCAAAUAAAGUGGAUUCAAUAAUCUGGAUAAAUUGUUUGUUGGUUUGCUUACAACCUGUCUGGUCAUCUGGCUGCUCAUGUUUACCCCAUUGGACUUUGUUGUAGAGAUGUGAUGUUGCCAUGUUCCCAGAUCUCUUUUUUACUUUAGGUACAGUUUUAUCGUAACUGAUGGAAACAGUGGCCAAAGCUCUGAGAUUCAUGUUGUAAUAAACCAAAUUAUCCUUAAAGAGUAAAACUCAGCUAAAUGAAAAAGAAGUGAAAUAUUUACUAAUAGAUGUCAUAUUUCUAAUGUUUCCCUGUUGUAAAUCAUGGUAACUGUCAUUUAUGAUGUCAAUCACAAUGGUGGCAAAAACAAACAUAUUAAUGAACGUCAUGAAAUCACAACUUUUCAAGAGUAAUCACGUUGUUAAGAAUUUUAUAAGUUUAAUGUUCUGUUUUUUUUCUGAACUCAUUCAUUUAUUGUCCUUGACUAAAAUUUUCAGUGGACUAAGGAUUUCUUCAGCUAGUCCCAAUUGUUUCUGCAGUAUUAUUGUUGUGUGUCAAUGAAUGCAGUGAUGAAGGCUCUA